AUGACCUUCACAAACCAGUCUCACGCUAACGUCACUGCUGGACUUCAGUAUCAGAGUUUUCAGGAGAUUCUGAUUCUGAACAUUGCCAGCACAGUUCCCUGCUGUGUGUUCCUCUUCAUCAACGGGACCAUGUUGUACACGCUGCGCAGUAAAGCCGUGUUCUGCGACACGUCUCGUUACAUCCUCCUCUAUAACCUCCUGUUGGGCGACACCUUGCUGCUGGUGCAGAGUCAGCUGCUCUACCUGCUCUCUACGCUCAGGGUGACGAUGACGUACGCCGCCUGCGCCGCCGCGCUCAUGGCCACUAGUCUCUUCAACGGCAUCUCUCCGCUCACACUGGUGGUGAUGUCACUGGAGAGAUAUGUGGCCGUGUGCCACUCACUGAAACACGCCACCAUCAUCACCAUCAGGAACACGGCACUGGCCAUUGUUGGAAUUUGGGCCCUCAGCUCGCUGAACAUCCUGACUCGAGUUCUUCUUCUGCUAAAGUUUGGUUUUGUAGACGUGGCCUUUCUGUACACUAAAGACUUCUGUGGCAGAGAGAACAUUUUCCUCAAUCCAGAGUCCAAUCUUUACGCCACAGGUUACAUGUGGUUCCUGUUUGUUCUGACGACCGUGGCCAUCGUUUUCUCCUACAUCGGCGUCACGAUCGCGGCCAGGUCGGCGUCCUCCACGGACAAAGCCUCGGCGCGCAAAGCUCGCAGAACGCUGCUGCUGCACCUGGUUCAGCUGGGCCUCGGCCUCCUGGCGACGAUACACAACCCCAUCCUCUACUCCAUCUCCACCAGUCUGGGCCGAGUCAUGAUCCUACGAAUGCAGGUUCUUCUCUACCUGUGUGUCAUUAUUCUGCCCAGAUGCCUCAGCGCUCUCAUCUACGGCCUCAGAGAUCAAACCAUCAGACCCGUCCUGGUGCGACACCUCCGCUGUCAUUGCAGACCAUAGAGCAGUGGUCAGCAACUGGUGGCUCACAGGCCAAAACUGGCCCGCCAGCAUCAGUGAAUAAAAGUCCAGUUUUGCCUGAUAAAGAAUUGAUAUUUAAUUGCUUAGAAAAACAUUGGCCCUAGGUCAAAUUGACCUCUGACCUUGACCAUAAAACUUGAUUACAGAGGGGUCGAAAUUAAAAACCAUGUCGAAGUCAAGGUCCAAGAACAUUAUUCAGAACAAAACAAAUUAUUUAUAGAUGAAUUAAAGAAGCAAGUCAGAGGUCAAAUUUGAAAUUAAACAUGUGUUAAGAUAUAUGAGUGAACGUAAUGGAUACUUUUAUGAUGAAAGGUCAUUGAUUUAACCACGGAAUAACCUCAGAAGAGGCUAAAUGUCAACAAUGGGCGACUGUUUCAUAGUAAGAGUCCUCACAAAAGAACAUAAAUGUAAGAAGAGGGGUAAACAAUUGGUGACCAACAUGGCGGCGCUAAGGCACAGCGGCCACACUGGGUCCAAAAGUUAGUUUUUUUGUUUGUUUUUGUUACAAACAAUCAGACACUGCAAUCUGUUACAUAUUAUAUAUACUGUGUGUUACAUGUUUAUAUAUUCUAUACACACUCUGUAGAUUUUGCAUAUUCUGUAUAUAUCUCUCCCUGCAUCUACUUAUAUAUUCAUAUAUACUGUACAUAUACUGCAUAGAACAUACUUACCACUGCUGCUAAAUGUAUACAUUUAGAUUAUAGAUCUGUGUAUAGGUUUGUCUCAUCUCACUGUCUCGUUAAAGUGUUGAUGUAUCACCAAAUAAGUUCUGGGGAAGCGUUAUUUCAUCUCAACUGUGUAUUUGUAUG